CCCGACUGUACCGAUAGAAAGUCGUGAUAUAGGUCACAUAUCUGUAUACUAUUGAAAUAACGCAUUUACGAAAAAUACCAGGAGAUCCGUAUUAAGUGACCACAACUUAGUAAACAAUAAUACCUCUCUCAAAACACGGGAGAAAAUUGGAGUGAAUGUGUUCAUAAAUAGAAAAUUUGGAGACGAGCCUCUCACUGAUGUGUGUAAAAUAUAUCUCUUUCUUGGAAAUAUGUGUAUUUUCUUGUACGGAGUAUAGACCGCUGUAGAUAUCUCUUUAUACUGAUUUAUGGAAAGUUUGAGAGAAUAGCGGUAGAGAUAAUACCAUUAUCGUGCAUGCGUGGAGCCAGAUAUUUGGCUUUCAUCUCGUCCGCGUUCACGAAGCUGUAACGCUUUAACGCUUUCCUUGCUCGUCAAUACACCAAUUAGACACAAUCAGUUGUGCUGUCGACUUCUCUAGGCGAGUGUACCUAUUUAACGCACGUCUAUAUGUAGAACUAUCUGAAGUCUGUGUUACUUUAGAAAACAAAAUGACGGUAUUUUUUGUGUUUUAUUGAUAAAAAACUGCUGACUGAUAAUAGUUUUUUGUGAUAGUGUUAGACUGUUAAUUGUCAGAAGCACACGGGUUGGUUGUACGACUUUAUCAGAUUGAUAUUUUGUAAGAAACAUUUUCUUCUGUGACAUGAACAAAAACAGGAAACAUGUGCUGUUUUCCGCUAUCAUUAACAGUGAUAUCUCGUAGACAGGAUUUUACUGGUGUUUCUAGCGAGGAAGCAUUUCGACACGGAGUGAUCUCGAAGGGCAAUGCUUAUUAAGGGAAAGAUAAUGACCUCUUAUGGAAAACGAAGAUGAAACACGAUGUAGAAACAUGGUUGUUUUCUGUGUGUGCCGUCCUUUGCAUGGUAUACAACAUAGCAGCGGGUGCAGGGAAUGAGACUAUUGAGGAGUGCCUUAGGUCGACCAACUUUAACUUGACGGAUGAGCAGAGACUUCUCACUAAGCUCAUGGCGUCAUAUAACAAACAGACGCGACCAGUGUUUAAUGCGUCACAUCCGGUCAAUAUCAAGGUCGGACUGACAGUUACACAGAUAUUUGACGUGGAUGAGAAAAACCAAGUGGUCACUGUUAAUGUUUGGCUUGACCAGGAAUGGCUCGAUGAGAAAUUGUCGUGGGACCCUGCCGAUUACAACGGUCUGUCUGUGAUGAGGAUACCCUGUAACAACCUGUGGCUGCCAGACAUAGUUCUAUAUAACAGUGCAUCAGACUACAAUGAAAAGUACAUGGAGUCCCUAGCUAUGGUAUCCAAUGACGGUCACGUGUUCUGGCCACCUAUCGUCAAAUUCCGGAGCUCAUGUCAAAUGGAUAUAACCUACUUUCCGUUUGAUGAUCAGAUUUGUAAGAUGAAGAUUGGAUCAUGGGCGUACGAUGGAUACCAAGUUGACGUGCUUAACAGAUCAACUAAUGUUGACCUAUCAAAUUACGUAGAAAAUGGAGAGUGGGAACUUAUGAAUACAAGCUGCGUUCGGAACGUCGUGACGUAUCCAUGUUGCCCUACACCUUUUCCGGAUGUGACGUUCUCACUACACAUUCGUCGUCGAACUACAUAUUACAUGUAUAACGUCAUCAUCCCGUCUGUUAUGUUGUCGUCGCUGGCUCUGCUUGGAUUUUGGCUUCAUCCCGAUGGCGGGGAGAAAGUGACUCUCGGAUUAACAGUUCUGCUUGCAUUAUCCGUCUUCAUGUUGCUUAUAGCAGAAAAUACGCCUGCUACCUCGUUUUAUGUUCCACUUCUAGGUGUUUACCUAAUCACCACCAUGUCCUUCACAUCAUGUUCCGUCAUCGUUGCUGUCACUGUAUCAAACAUCCAUGCCCGUGGAUCACGUGACGUUAAAGUCCCAAAAAAGCUUAAGGCAUUCGUCGUUUGUAUUUCAAAGAUGUUGUGUAUGAAAUUGAGAUACAUCGAAACUGGUGAGUACCUUGGUGAAAUCAUAUCCGGAGGUCUACAGAAGUCGAGUAACGGAGACGUUUGUGGUAAUACGAAUCGUGUGCACUGUAGUGAUAAUCUGACGUCACUUCCGGGAUUCGAGGAACAGCCCAAUAUUCAAAUAUCCUCUGUGAAUAACCCGGAUGUAUACAGUGCGUCUAUUCUACAAGCCCUUCAGUGCCUUAUUGAACAAACUCAAUCUCGUGACAGCGAGGAGCUGAACAGACGACAGUGGGAGGAAGUGGCAUUCAUCAUCGACCGAUUCUUCUUUUGGUUAUUCCUCUUUGGAAUGAUCUUUUCGUCUGUAUAUUUACUAGCUUUUUCGCCGAUGCUGUUGAAGGCAAUAUCGCUAUGAUUAGAAUGUGGAGAACUGGCCAAUUUAUUGACGUGUUUACAAACUUGAAAGCUGGCAUAAAUCAGUUGUCAUUUGUGGUACCAGCAUCAUCAAUUUCCGACAACUAGAACAUCGGCUUCGUGUAAGACAAAUGUGAAUUUGAUACGUACAAGUAAUUGUUAUCCACGACAUAAUGGUGUUUAGAAAAGAGUCGGUUAUCGUUUUCAACUCAAAUAGUUAGGGUAAUUUGGUAACAGAGCGGUAUUGUUUUGAAUACUAAAUUGCUAUCUUCUCCUUUUACACCGAUCGAUGACCGAUAUGAAUGCAAGGAUUAGUUUUGUGCAGUGUGGUUGGCUUUAGAUUCACGCAAUGUAUUUGAUUUGAAAUAUUGGAACUUAAACAACUAUAUUCAAUCGGCAUGGAUUCACACAGUACAUACAGCAUGUGUGUUUAGUAGAGCGUUUGAUCAAAACCAGACUAUUAUGUGAUGGCUGGUAUAUUUAUGUCAAUGCUACUUGUACUCAAUUUGAAAUGCAUCAUUUGACAAUUUGUAUACAUAUAUUAGCAAACAAUAGAGUGAAAUAAGAUAAUGUAAUACUUUAAAAGCCGAAAUACUCGGGAGUGAUCAUUGAGUUUUGAUUCGGCUAAGUAAUUUCGUCAUAAUUUGUUACACGUGCAUAUUCUUUCAGUAGAAUUGCAAACAUGGCAUUUCAGUACGAAGGAAUAUGGUAUUUUACAGUUAAAGUAUUUUUGCAAACCAAUAUUAUUUCAUAUAACUUCCUUGGCUUUUAAUACAUUUCUUCAGUAACUUUUUUAUAAUUUAAUUUUUUUUUUAUCUCAAAUGGAUGAAAUUAUUAAGAUGCUGCUAAUGUUCGGGUUUUUCCAUAAUCAUUUUAUUUUGCGCCGCAGGCCCUUUAAAUAUUGCACUGUUAUUUAUUAGUUCUGUCUUGAUAAUUAAUCUGAUAAACAAACUUGAAAAGAUAUCAUGUGUGGAAUCAUAUAUAUUGUAACUAUAUUUUGAGAACAGAUUUUAAAUUGAAUGAAAUAUACUUAUAAAUGUUAUGCUAAAAGAUGAGAAAUAUACAAGAAUAUUUUCAUUGUAAAUAAAACAAAAACGUAUGUAUUUACAACACAAAAUUCGUGUACAGACAUAUAUAUGCAUAUGUAUAUAUAUAUAUACGGUGUUCCUACCGUAGUCAGACCUUUUUUCAAACAUUACUUAAGACCCUUCCUUUUGUCUUGUCUAUUUACUGUUGUCCUCAAAAUAAAAUAUCGAAUUUGUUCAUCAUUAAGCUACUGAAAAGUACUAAAUAUAUCUUCCAGUUUAAGUUUGUUCAAGAAGUCUUCAUGAUGCUUCAGUUAUACAAGAGAGAUAUUUGAUUGUCAUUUCUAAGCGUAUUUAUCUUACGGUAGAGAACAGAUACGAAGAAAUAAUGAUGACGUGUACAUGCGCUUGCUGUGUGUGAAUAAAAUGUAACGAACUCAUUAUCUGUGAUAGCUUUGGAUACAAUGUAUCUAUCCGAUCAAUCCAUUUAACUUACCAGUUGUUUCACUCUAAAAUUUGUUGGAAAGCAUUUUUAGUGAAAUAAUCAGGAAUUCUGACACCCUGUUUAUUCAGGAAAUUAUUGUUAAAGCAACGACUGUGUCAUUAUUCCGGAAAGUUCGAUGCUGUGAAGUAUUUAAGGAAACCAAGGUGUUCAUAGUGAAAAGAUUCCGAUUUAUAACAGUUUUAACGUCCAACGCGCCGACAAAUUGUAUUGCAUUGUUAUGAUUAUGAUUACUCGCUAAUAUUUCAUAUUUUCGAUUAAAGGAAGACACAAAAAUAAUAAAAAUAAAUUGUGCGACAUUUCUUGUUAUUUUAAAACCACAAACCUAGUUUUUCCUGAGCUAAUUAGUAAGAAUUAUGUAUCCAUACGGGCAAUUGUUAAUCUGUGUCGAUUUGAUACAUACGAAAAAGGACUAUCAUUGUUCCAAUGUUGGUGCUUAAGAUUACUAUCUUAACACCACAUUGACACCAUUCAUCUUGACUGAUGAGUUACAAGUGUUUUUUUAUUGUCAUUAAUUGAUUAAAUGUUUUACAGUAGAAGAUCAAUCAAUGUAACGAUUUUGUGAUUAUUUUUCCACGUUUAUAGUUUGCCUAUUUUCUAUUUGUAUAUUAUAUGGAUAUGUCCUGUAAAAGAACCAAUCAAAUUGCUUCGUGAUAUGGCUGUGAUGUGAUAUCUAGUAGGUAAACAUAAUGAGCCUAUUCAGGGUACAAUGUAUAUUUGCUAUUCAAUAGUUUUAUUCGUAUUUGUAGAUCAUGUCUUGCAUUAUUUCAACUCCAAAUGACAUGUGACUUUGUGGGGACUUAUGUUUCAUAUUUUUUAUUGUAAAAACAUGUAACAGAAAUAUAGAAUAUUAAAAAAACAAAAAACAAAAAACAAAAAAUAAAAACAAAAAAACUUUACACUCAAUUAAAAGGAUUAUAAAUGAAAACACUUUCGAGAUCCAUAUCCACUGUACUAUUGACUUUGGAAUACGUAUGCUGAAAAUUGAUCAAUAUAAUUUGAUAGAAAACAUAUUAUGAGUCUUGCCCCAAAGCUUGUUUUUAUUUUCUGUGUACCGAAGAAAUUUUCGGUUUUCUUGAAUUUGAUAUUAUCGAUAUUUUCAUGAUUUUCUUUCAUGUCUUACGGCGUUAUCCUUUUUUACGCUUUCACUAUCACUGUUGACGGUUUUUUUUUCUUGUGUUUUCAUUUUCGCGAUUUCGCUUUUCUUUUUCGUGUGAUUGUUUGUUUCGCCUAUAUGUUCUGCUUGUUUUUUAAAUCCUAAAUUUCCAAGUAGAUUAGCUAUAUAAGCAAAGGCCAUGGGAAUUUCAACGUAAAACAACAUUUUAUUUUGAGGUUAUUAUUAGGAAGAAUAUUCAACCAUAAAUUUAUUACAUCCUUACAAAGUGUAAAAAUGAGGAAACUUCUUCUCAUUUAUCAAAUAAUAAUGCUUUUUAGUUUUUCCAGUUUUCUCUAGUUCAUACAGCUAUUGUUAUUAGUUACAUUUUAAAUCAUUUAUUUGUACGGCAUUUAUUUCUUUAUUGUUUUCAUUUUUCAUCUUGGUGUCGGGCCCUAUGCGGCAUGACUAUCACAUACUAAGAAUAUGAUAUUUUGGUUGUGAUCAUUUUUUAAAGAAAUGUAUUUUGGUAGAAAAUAGUCUGUUUCGCAAUCACUGAAUUAAUUCAAAGUGGAACCGAACGUUUGGGUACUCUUAUACUACACACAAUAUUAAGAAUUGUUUAAAAUAGUUAACUCAGAAUUUAUUGAUGAAGAGAACUCCUAGAGAAACCUAUGAAUGCUUUUUAUCACAUUUGCCAACGAAAUGUACAAUAUAAAAUUGUAAUCCAAAUAUAUAACAUAGAUGACUUAUUUUCCGGUGUAUAUCUGUGUGUCCUAAAUUGCUUGCUGAAUAUAUUAAAUGAAAGAAUGAUAAAUGGAGAAUUUU